GUCGCAAGCGCAUGGAAAUGGCACUUCGCGCCCGAUGUUAGUGUGUUUGACAGGGAAUGCUGUAUUUCUCCCGUUUUAGAGCGUAUUGCUGCGUUUUGCAGCGUUCCGUGUGAUCGGGUAUUGCUCUAGUCAUAGCGAAGUUGGCCUACGCUGCUAAUUUAGGAAAAGAAAAGUGUACGGUGUUGUCUUGUUAUGAGCCCGUAGUUUUGCCGGGGAAGGUGCGCGUUUUUGAUAGGCAAACAUGUCGAGCAGCGCAGCUAUCAGUUUCAUCGACCAGCUCAAGCUUCUCUACGACAAUAAGCUGUACUCCAAUGUCACGGCUCUGUUUAGCUUGGCACACCCCAUCAGCAACCACUGCGCCGACUUCAUGACAGUGUCGGCCAAGUUUCAGAGUUACGUGUAUUGCGGGGAUGCCUACGUGCAGCUAGGAGACUUCAAGAGAGCCGAGGCACUCUACCAGAAAGCCCUUCAGUUAAAGAAGUCAGCGUCCAAGGCGAAGGGCAAGGGACCAGCUUCAAUAAUAUCAGGAGACGUCACAUCUGAGAACGACAUCAAGUAUCAGAUUCACGUGUGCCACGUCAAUAUGAAACAGCCUAACCAAGCGAUUUCUGCGUUGGAAAGCAUUCCAGGCAAGCAGCGCAGCAGCCGGGUCAACAUGGCUCUAGGGCAGCUGUAUCAGCAGAGUGGCAAUGAGCGCUCGGCCAUCACCUGCUACCGCGAGGUGCUCAAGGAGUGUCCGCUUGCCUUGGAAGCUGCGAAGGGUCUUCUGGAGCUAGGAGUCAAGGCUGUUGAGGUGGCCGCACUGGUGCUGCACCCGGGCGGUUCCAGUGGCUCUUCCCUGCCACCACACAUGGAAUGGCUUGGGCAGUGGAUCAAGGCCAACGCAUACCUUCACUCCCGGGAGUACUCGUCCAGCAUCACCAAUUUCAAGCAGCUCGAAGCCAGGCCACAGCUUGCAGACAAUGUGGAGAUCCUGGCAUCACUAGGGGAGGCCUACUAUCACAUGGGAGACUACACCAAUGCUACGGCUACAUUGGAGAGGGUGCACAGUCUGGAUCCGCACCUGCUGCGAGGCAUGGACGUAUACGCUGCCCUGCUGGCCAAGGAUAAGAAAGUCAAGGAGCUUGAGUCGCUGUCAUCGCAGCUCAUGUCAGUGAACAACAGGAGUCCCGAGCCGUGGAUUGUGAUGGCCUACCUCUGCUACGUCACCAAGAAGGGCAACCGAGCCAUCUACUUUUCUCAGAAGGCGUGCACCCUGAACCCUCGUCACGUGGAGGCUCUGCUGCUCAAGGGCACAGUGCUGCUGGAGCUGCACAAGGUGCACGAAGCCAUUGCCCACUUUGGCGAAGUGUUCAAGGUGGCACCGUACCGACACGAGGCCUACAAAGGCAUGGUGGACUGUUACCUGGCCCAACUGCGAAACAACGACGCAGCGACACUCGCCAGCAAUGCCUGCAAGCACUUGGGUCACACCCCUAGGGCUCUCACGCUGUAUGCGAGUGUGCUGAUGAAGAGCCCCAUGAGCCUCGAGAAGGCCAAGGUGUGCCUGGAGAAAGCACUCAAGCAGGAGCCCACCCACCUGCCGGCCGUGUACCUGCUCGCCGAGAUAUACGACCAGCAGCGCGCCUACGACCGAGGAAUACAACUCCUGCAGAAGCACCUGGAGAGCCAGAGCACGUGCCGGCUACACCAGAUGCUGGGUGACUUCUACGCCCGGGCUGGUGAACACGACAAGGCCCUGCAGCACUUUGGCAUCGCCCUCAACCUGGACCCAAGCAAUGCAAGUGCACGGAGGGGGACGCGCAGGGUGGAACAGCGGCCAGAAAAUGUGGAGCCCGGCUACGACAUGGACGUCGAUGAGAUUGCGGAGUCUGACGUCGAGAAUGAACUCGAAGAAAGUGAAGUGGAAGCCGUGUGGUCGGACGUUGAGUACUCAUACAAUUAAACGACACCCUCAGCACGGACAUUGUAGUGAAAUUAAUGUAGUUAUGUGAGCGUGUCAUGUGCAUUUAUGUGAAUCCUGUGUGCACCGUGUGGGUCGGUGGUGAAAUCUGCCAUCGAUGGCAGUAUAUCUGCACUGCCCAAUGUGCACCCUGCGAAUUCGAGAUUAUAUAAAGACAGACUCGGGUUCAUUGACCUUGUACAAGUCUGACUUUACGUGUACCUUUUGACUUUGCGAGAGAUAUAAAGGUCUUAUUGCAAGAGA